UCCGCGGCGUCGGCGCUUGGUGUGUGCGUCACUUCCUGUGGUAAGGAACCGAGUGGCCAACGGCCUGCAGAACAACAUGCCCAAGUUUUAUUGUGACUACUGCGAUACAUACCUCACCCAUGACUCUCCGUCUGUGAGAAAGACACACUGCAGUGGCAGGAAACACAAAGAGAAUGUGAAAGACUACUACCAGAAAUGGAUGGAGGAGCAGGCUCAGAGCCUGAUCGACAAAACAACUGCGGCAUUUCAGCAAGGAAAGAUACCUCCCACUCCGUUCUCUGCUCCUCCUCCUGCGGGGGCAAUGAUUCCUCCUCCCCCCAGUCUUCCGGGUCCUCCUCGCCCUGGCAUGAUGCCAGCACCUCACAUGGGGGGCCCUCCCAUGAUGCCGAUGAUGGGUCCUCCUCCUCCUGGGAUGAUGCCAGUGGGACCUGCUCCUGGAAUGAGGCCACCUAUGGGAGGGCACAUGCCCAUGAUGCCUGGGCCCCCAAUGAUGAGGCCUCCUGCCCGUCCCAUGAUGGUGCCCACUCGGCCCGGAAUGACUCGACCAGACAGAUAAGGAGAGAGGGGGGCCUCUUUCCGUCACUUUUGUAUUACUUGUUCUAGUUCACCGGGAGAGUGUGGUGCUGUGACUCUGGGUGUUUUCUAACAGCACGACAAGGAAGACACUCCCUCUUCCUAUCAAAGAGAGAAUAGUUUUUGAGGGGAGUAGUGGGACAAAAAAAUUCAUUUGUAUUGUGAAAUGUGAAAAUAAAAUUGUAAACUCUGUUAGCUAAA